UCCCAUCCGGCUGACUCCCAACGGUCAACAGGAGUCCUCACCCUGGGAUCAUUCCGCAAUCCCCAUGGUUCCAGCUCUCAGCUUCCAUGGACACCAGUGGAUUUACAACCCUGUCCGAGGGUCCUGCCUGCUCCUGCUGCUGGGCAUGUCGAAUCUGCUCCUGUGCCAAGGCAACUCAUGCCCGUCCUGCUGUCCUGACGUGUUUGACAUCCCCCUGAAGUCCCUUAGAGACCUGUAUUUCGAUGCCGCCUUACUGUCCCACAACAUCCUUAGACAUUCCACAAUAAUGUUCAAUGAGUUUUAUGAAAGAUAUGCCCAGGGCAAACAGUACCAUAUCAAUGCCACCAAGAGCUGCCACACCAAUCCCCUCUAUGCUCCUGAAGAAAGAGAAAAAGCCCAACAGAUGAACAAUGAAGAACUUAGUAAGUGGAUACUCACAUUACUGUACUCCUGGAAACCACCUCUGCAUCAUCUAGUCACGAACCUGCGACAUUUGAUAGAAGUCUCAGAUCCUAUCCUGUCAAGUGCCAGAGAGGAUAUGAAUAAAGUACAAGAACUUCAAGAACUCAUAGAAAGGCAAUUCAGCCAGGUUAUUUUUCCAGCCAGAAAGAAGAUGUUGGAUGCUCGCAUUUACUGGACAGAACUUCAAUCCCUGACGUCCAGAGAUGAAAAAACACGUCAUUAUGCAUUUUUUAUCCUGUUCCAGUGCCUGCACAGGGACACACGUAAAAUUGACAUAUACACCAAGAUCCUGGCAUGCCGAAUCAACAACAAGUGCUAAAUCCACAUCCAUCCCAUCUAGCUCUGAGAUGUUCCUAAUGAUCUAUCCCAUAGCAAGCUUCUUUGAAAUUUACAGCUUUUUAAUACAUGCUCUGUGAAAUGGGUCUUCUCUUAAAAAAAUAAACACAGACUCUUUAGAGAUGUCAAAAUC